AUGUCUCUUAAUCUACCUGGGUUUUAUUAUGACCCCGAGCGCAAUCGAUAUUUCCCCAUUACGAGCUCUACACCGGAGUAUCUUCUUCCUGGAUACAAGGCCAACUCGCAACGACCGGGUGAUAACUCAAGGGGGAAGCAGAAGAAAAUAAGUAUCAGUGGCUACGGUUUCCCGUCAGGUGGUGGUUCAACUCUCCCUAGGCCUUCUAUACAAGGCUCGAAUGUAUGGUCUGCGACUCGUACGAUGAGAUUGAACCCCGCAAUGUCUUAUGGAAAGAAAAGUCAUAUGUUUCAUCAAGUAGAAUCGUGCGCCAUAUCACGGACUCGAUUGCGUAAAGAGGAGGAGCUUCCACUCGGUCCCGGUUGUGGAAUAACGGCUCUAGCGGUUAGCGAUGACCCUGAGGGUUAUCAGGUUGCAGGCGAUGAUAGAGGCUGGAUAUUCAUUCGCCAACCACACUCAGACGCCCAGGAAACCCAAACCGGAUCCUUCCACAGUGGCCGUUUUGAUGAAAACGGAAUCUAUAUUAGUCCAGUGCGGUGGUUUUGUGACAUGGGUCUCAUGACCAAGAUUACUGCAAUCAACAUAAUCCAGGACAAGGUCUUUGUUGCUUCAUUUGGACCACACGCCAAGGUUAUGGUUGGUGCACUUGACGUGACACAAGAAGCCGAUGUUUCCGCGUUUAUCCUGGAACCCGCCAAGGCUCAUGACCUGUGGACGGCCGUAUUUGAGUCAGACGGACAAACAGGCUCUGCAACUCUCGGGCUGCAUGGUAAAGCCAUGUAUGUCCAGGAUCUGGACAACCGCAUGGGCAUGCGAACGCUGCACACCGGUAGUGAUGUGAUGAGUAUAUGUAAGAGACAGAUGCGAAGCUUCGACAUGCGUUUCAUGCGGACGGAACCAGGCGGCAAGACAAAACCGUUGCUGGAAUUUAUUGGGCAUAAAAAUACGCAUAUGAAUGACUUGGGAUUCGAGGUCUUUCCAUCUGGUGACUUUGUUGCUGCGGCUGGAAUCGACAAGAAGAUUCGAGUAUGGUCGACAAGGACGGGAGAGCAAGUGUCGAGCCCAAAUCAGGGAUCAACUCACGCGCUAUUGGACGAGCGAGCACUUGAGGACCACAUCCUUGCGAUUCGGGCAGCCGGGACCGAACUGUGGCAUAGCACGGGGAGGUCUGUGCGCCAUUUUCAAAUCGGCUCCGCCCACGAAUAA